AUUUCAUGUAUCGUCUAACCACAAAUCACGCACAUACAGAACUUUGACUGUUUUGCAUUAUAAAUAAUAUUCGAUUAGAAUGCACGAUAAAAAUAUUUUUCUAAAUCAAUGACUGAAAGAUAGAGUUUAAGGCGCUGGGAUUUGUAAAAUAUUGUAUAUUUUUAUCAAAGUGUGUUUACGUUAAAAUAACAAUGACAUAACUUGCAGCAUUUGUGUCAUCCACCGACAAAACAAUUUUAAAUUUCAUCUAUAAUUUAUCAAUAAUCGGGUAACAAGAUUAAGAGAACUUGUUUUAAAAUAUGAAAAAAAAUUAGAGUUAUUAAUCUUCUCGAUGUAUUAUAUUUGUUAGUGGUUAGGUGAAGGUGAAUAAGAAACACUGAAGAUGGAAGUAAUAGAAUUAGUUUCAGACGAAGAAUUGCCUAGCAAUAAGGUUAAAAAUGCUAAGAUUUCUAAAACUUGUAAUACUAAUUGUAUAAACUUCAAAUGUAAUUCGGGAGUUGAUAUGAAACCUGCGCCAUCCUUUGCUUGUGCAUAUUAUGGUAUCAAUACGGAGAAGAGAAAAAGGCCUAAACUAAUAUGCAAGCAAUGUUUUAAUAUGGCUUUGGAGCAUCAAAAACAAUUGGUAGCAGCAUUCUUGGAUCAAAAAUCUUUAUUGAGAUGCAAUUUUCCAGAUCAUACGGUGGAAGUCGAAAUUUCUGAUAGCGAUGAGUCCGACGAUGAGAAAAAAAAAGAGCUUGAUGACAACAAUACUUAUUUGCCGACGGAAGUACUUUUGGAUUUAGAAGAAAAAUUGGAUAGUACGUUGCAAUCACUUUUUAAUCGAUAUAAUGUGAAUUAUCAAAUAGAGGAAGCGCACAAUGUAUUGAUAAAACAGUGGAAACAGAUUGAUGAAAGAAAUAAAACCAUUGAUGAUCAGAUAAAAGUAUUAACUUCGCAUAUGGAUACGUUAAGAAAUAGUUUAUACGAAGACUUCAGACCACAAAUUCGAAUGCUUCAGGAACUUCAAAUAGAUUCAGAUUACGAAGAAAGUAUUGCCCAUCCAAUUGUAGCAACUAAAAAAGUCACACAAGUACGCAUGUCACCUUGUAAAAUGCAGCAAGAUUCUCAACCGGAAAUACUACCCAUCGAGAGGGAUAAUAGACAAAUGAUAACAUUGGAUUUACCUCCUAGCGGUCCCCUUGUCAAAGUUCAACCAGAAAUUGACAGUAUCGUUUACAUCAUGAAACAUCCUCUCAUGCGAUGGAUUAAAGCAAAGGUACAAAAUGUGGUUUCCAAAAGUCCAUUACAUUGUAGAGUAAGAUUAUUGCAAAAAAAGUACAAUUCAGUUAUCAAAUCUGUCUUUGGUAAACAAAUUGCUGUAGCAGUACCAAGUAAAGUUUUGAUUCCUGUCGGUACCAGAGUCGUCGCUAUCUUUCAUGAUAUGGAAAAUUAUGAAAAAGUUAUGGAAAAAUUGGAUGCUUCCAAUUUUUAUAGCGGAGUGAUCGCAGAACCUCCUAAAUCUACGAAUAAGUACAGAUACUUGGUGUUCUUUGAUGAUGGAUAUGUACAGUAUGUUACGCACAAAGAUAUCUUUGUAGUAUCUGAAAGUUCUCCUAGAGUUUGGGAGGACGUAGCUACCGAAUCACGAGAUUUUGUGAGAAAAUAUAUGGAAACGUAUCCAGAAAGACCUAUGGUAAAACUACAAAAUGGUCAGAUAGUAAAGACCGAAUGGAAUGGUAAAUGGUGGGUUGCAAGGGUUAAACAAGUAGAUGCGAGUCUCGUGCAAAUGCACUUUGAUGCAGAUCAAAGAACAGAAUGGAUUUAUAGAGGUUCUGCCAGAUUGGGACCUUUAUAUCUCGAACUAUUAAAAGCAAAUGCUAGGCAGCAUGGUCAUCAUGCUUCUCUCAAUACACCUAGUCGUCAUCGUAUUCCUAUUAUUUCUAAUAAAAACAAUCUACCUUAUGUGGAAUAUACUUCGAAUGUAGAAGCAGACGAGGAGGCAAGAAAUAUUCAAAUAGGAAAGCAAUCGGACACUGCGGCUAUUGGAAAUCAGAAUUCCAGUGUACCUAAAUCAAUUUCCGCGAUAACACCAUCGCAGUCUCGUGCCGUCGCUAAAAAAAGUACUAGUAAAAAACCAAUAGUAACAGAUACAACUGCUUAUAAUCCUAAUCUAGAAAUGAAAUCUUCUCACAGCAUCGUUUAUUAUCAAACACAAAACGAGAUUCAAACGAAGAAAUUUGUUCCUCAUAAAUGUGGACCACAUUGUAUACAAAGCAUAUCUUUUACACCAGAUGAUUUGAAAGGAUACUCGCCCCUUUCGAUUCCUCUACUGUGUGGUUGGAAUAGACAACUCUGCAAAUUUCCCAAAGGCAAAAAAGUUAUAUUGUAUCAAGCCCCGUGCGGUAUAAGAUUACGAAACAUGGAAGAGCUACAUCAUUAUCUUCGUCUUACGGCUAGUCCAAUGUCAGUAGAUUUAUUUGAUUUCGAUUAUUGGGUCCAUUGUCUAGCAGAGUUUGUUUUAGACAAAUGUUUUGUUAACAUUAAAGAUCUUAGUUAUGGAGUGGAAAAUGUGCCAAUACCGUGCGUGAAUGAAUUAGAUCAUGCUUUACCCGAUACUAUCAGAUAUAGCACUCAAAGAGAACCUACAGAAGGUGUAAACUUAAAUUUAGAUCCAAAUUUUCUUUGUAGUUGUGAUUGCGAAGACGAUUGCCAGGAUAAAACAAAAUGUCAAUGUUGGCAACUGACGAUACAAGGAGCAACUUUGGGAGGAAGAGUACCAAAUACAGCUGUUGGCUAUGUUUAUAAACGUUUACCAGAACCAGUAACCACUGGUAUUUAUGAGUGCAAUUCUGGCUGCAAGUGCGCCGUAAAAACGUGUUUGAACAGAGUCGUACAGCAUCCGCUUAAAUUAAAAUUACAAGUCUUCAAAACGGCACCUCGUGGGUGGGGCAUAAGGUGUCUCACUGACAUUCCACUUGGUUCUUUUAUUUGUAUUUAUGCUGGACGGUUAUUGACUGAACAGGGUGCAAACGAAGGUGGAAAAAAUUAUGGAGAUGAAUAUCUUGCGGAAUUGGAUUAUGUUGAAGUUGUGGAAGGAAUGAAAGAAGGUUACGAAAGUGAUGUUUUUGAUCCAGAAAUGUCUUUGACUCCUGCAGAAGAUAAGAAAAAAGAAAAUGCUGCAAGCGACGAAGAGUAUAAUACCAAAAACAAUACAAACGAUUCUGACGAAGAUUUCAACAUUAGCAAAUACGUGAAUUUUUCUGUAGACUCAAAUGAACCUUCUAUCAGAAAGCGCCUUAGGAAACGUAAAAAAGGCGAAACACUCAAUCAAGAUGGCUCGGAGGAAAACAGCGAAGAUGGAAGUACUACGAAAAGUUUAGAAAAUCUUUCUACGAAAUCAAUUGCGCUUGAAAAUCGUUCAACGGAUCAAGAUACAGUUACGAUAAGCGACGAAGAAGAAAAUCGAAGUAGUAGACGCGAACCAAGUAGAUUCGAUCCAUCGGUAGAGCCUAUGCAAUUAGAUAGACCCAAGUUUAAAUCUGUAAGGGAUUUUUACGGAGAAGACGAAGCUGUUUACAUUAUGGAUGCCAAAACAACGGGAAAUAUAGGCCGUUACUUAAAUCAUUCUUGUGACCCAAACGUUUUUGUCCAAAACGUAUUUGUAGAUACGCACGAUGUACGUUUUCCGUGGGUAGCGUUUUUUGCUUUAAAUUAUAUUAGAGCUGGACAAGAACUAACAUGGAAUUAUAGUUAUGACGUAGGUAGCAUACCAGGUAAAGUAAUUAUUUGUAAAUGUGGCGCAUCAAAUUGCAGAGGCCGGCUUCUCUAAGCAAAACCACAUUCAAUUGCAGAAAAUAUUAUGAGAGGCAAUGUACAUUGUUACAAGUACAAACGAAAUAGCGAUAAGAAUUUUCUAAAAACUGUUCAUUUUUUCUAAAUAAUAACGCAACGGAUGUCGACGUAUGUGUACAGUAAAGAAACAUGAUGAAAAAAGGGAAGAAGAUUAAGUAAUGCAAAUUUUAUAUACUAGAAGGUGGGACUAUUAUGGUAUCCUUUAGAAAAAUUCUAAAAGGAAAAGAUAAACACGAUUGUAUUAUCAAUGUAUACAUGUAUUCAUUUUGCAAACAUCCAAAUGUGACAUAACAUUAAAACAGAACAAAAAUAUACAAAACGCAUGUUAUAUAUUGCAUAAAUUCAUCGAUUAUA